AUGACUAGUCAUAUUCAUUUCAUCAAUCACUUUUUGCUGCCAAAUUAUCAAGUUUUAUUUAAGAUUAAAUGUUUUACUAUAGAACAUUUAGAGAAUUUAUGUUUGUGUUUUGUAGGUAAAGAUCCCUAUUUAAGAGAAACCCUUCUCAGAGUGACGCAGUUAUAUUGUGCAACACGUUACGGAGAUGAAUCAUCUAUUGCAGGAGUUACAAAGUUUCACUCAAAAUUCCCACAAAACAAAAACGUUUCUGGUGAAAUUUCUAAACGAAUAAGAACAUCAUUUAAUCCAGCAACAGUAACAGCUGGAUUAUCCGAUAAAACCAGUCACAAUGACCUCAAACCAGAAAGUUUGGUGAAGAAAUCAUGGGAUAAGGAGUCGUCUACUGCAGUAACCAAUAACACAAAUAAAUUCAAACAAAGUAUAAUGGGACAAGAAAAUAUGAAUGAUCAACCAAUUAAAAACUAUAGCAAAUGCUCGCCAAAAACCAUGAACAAACAAAUCAUAUCAAAGAGACAUGAAAAUGAAGUUGCAACUCAUGGAGAUUCUAAUCUAAAAUUUCUGAAUAACGCUCAACUUUCCGGUAAUACUACUAGUAACAAAAAUGUUGACAUCACCAAAUGGACAGAGAUUUCUCAUCCUCUGAAUCUUUCAACUUCAUCAGCCAGUAGUGAUGAAAGCCAUUUAGUGUUUGAAGAUCCGUCUUUUCAAACAAAACAAAACUGUCCUAACUUAUUCUCAACAUUUCCAUUCGUGCGUAGUACAUCGUUAUCAAUACUGGGUCAUCAUAAUGAACCGAUUAUCUCAUCUACAACAUCUUCACAAAUAAAUUCAUUCUAA